GACGUUGACGACGCCUCCAGCAAGAGCAUGAGAGACCCCUUUUUCCUCGAGCCCAUACCAUGGCUCGUCAAGGCAACGCAGCCCUGGGCCGAUCUUCUGUCUCUGCCCUCAUUGCCGCUCCACGUCCAUGAGGUGCUCGCCGCUAGCUUGCUUUACUCGGUCAUCUACUAUCCGAUAUCACCCUUGGUUUCGCGCCUGAUCGUCGGCCGCAAAUACCUGGAUCUGCCCAGGAAGAGAAGAGUGAACUGGGAUGCUCACGUCGUCUCAUUCGUACAGAGUACCCUCAUCAAUGGAUUGGCGCUUUGGGUGAUGUUUGCCGACGAAGACCGCAACGGGAUGGACUGGCAGGAGCGCAUCUGGGGCUACACUGGUGCGGCUGGCAUGAUCCAGGCUCUCGCCGCUGGAUACUUCCUGUGGGAUCUGGUCGUUACGAGCUGCAACAUGGACGUUUUUGGCAUUGGCACUCUGGCUCAUGCUGUUAGUGCCCUCUUCGUCUACGCUCUUGGCUUUCGACCUUUCAUCAACUAUUAUGGCUGCGUCUUCAUUCUCUGGGAGCUAUCCACGCCUUUUCUCAAUAUCCACUGGUUCUUCGACAAGCUGGGAAUGACUGGCUCUCGUGCCCAGUUAUACAACGGAUUGAUGCUGCUCUUUACAUUCUUUUCCACACGCCUGGUGUAUGGGACUUAUCAGUCGGUGAGGGUGUUCUCGGACAUCUUCGCGGCCAUCGAUACCAACCCUAUCUUACCUGUCAGUGCCGACACUGGCGAGGUCAUCACUUCGACUGUCAUGAGGUUUGCGACACCUAAAUCAACGGUACCUGCUUGGCUGGCUUUCACAUAUCUCAUGAGCAACAUUACUCUGAACAGUCUCAAUUUCUACUGGUUCAUUAUGAUGAUCCGUGCAGUGCGCAAGAGGUUCCAGCCGGCCAAGACAAACGAAAAGGAUAUGCUCACAGAAGUAUCGGCGACGAAGGCGACUUCACAGCCCACACAACCUGCAAUUCGCCGACGCAAGGUAUAG